AUGGCGCCUGUUUGUGCAUUGGUACAGCUUAUUCCCCGACAUUCACCACAUCCCGAUGAACAGUCAAGACCAUGGCGUCUACAAUACAAUGUCUCCCUUAGCAAUGACAACUCCUCGUUCAGUUCACCUACGACCGUCACAGUCUUUGAUACCACUUGCGUAAAUAUUGAGAAUGGAGCUGCAGUGAUUCUGUCUGGUUUCUGCUACAUUGCUGGUGUCUGCUACGCCGACGCCGCUGUGAAUCCAACGGAUGCGUGUCGUUAUUGUAACGUUUCAGUAGAUACGGCAACUUGGCAGCUCAACAUGAACGACUCCGCUUGUGAAAUGGAAAAAGAAGAAGAGAAUGACAACAUCUUUUUCAUCGGUAACGGGGCGGCGCUAGGGACCGGAGCUGCUGUAGCCCUGGCUAUUGGGAUUGUGAUCUACCUUUACAAGAAAAUGCAAGUCUCUAAAGUUGUCGCCGCAAGGUGGCCUUCUGAAUCUAAGUACAAAACAACGUGCAGUUUUUCUCAAGCAACAUGUGUGAGGCAGACUUUGUAGAAAACGUUGAGAUUUGUUGUGAGAUUUUAAAUUUAAUUUGAUUAAAUUUCGGCGUGUUAUUGUGAUUAUUUUGUUAAUAUUGUUGCAUGCAGUGCCAAAUUAUUUUUUGUUUUAAAAUCUCAGCAGUACGUGCGCGUGUAUGUUGGUAUGAUGUUCU